AUGCGUGUUUUAAAAUGGACUCCAUUUUUUGAUGUGCAUGAAGAAUCGCCUAUAGUUCCGAUCUGGAUUUCGUUCCCUAAUUUGCGAUCGCAUAUUUUUAACCCUCAAGUCUUGCAUGCUAUUGGUUCUAUUUUUGGAAGGCCUUUGCAAACCGACCAGGCGACGGCCUCCAGGACUCGUCCGUCUGUAGCUCGGGUUCUUGUGGAAGUGGACAUUUCUAAGAAGCAUCCCAAAGAGGUUUGGGUUGGGUCAAAGGCUUUUGGGUAUUUGCAAAAGGUUGAGUUCGAAAAGGUUUCUGAAUUUUGUUCUCACUGUAAAAUACAUGGUCAUGCGAUGUCUGACUAUUUUAGAUUACAUCCUGAACUUAAAAUAAAAAGUUCGAUUCAGGUUAACGAUAAAGCGGACUCACCUAUUAAUGUUUCUGCUUCUGAUAAUGAGUUGGAAAAAGAUGUUUCUAAUGCAGGAGGUGAUAUUGUGGAGGAAAUUGUGGCAGCAUCUGAUAAUGAAUUGGAAAAAGAAGUGUUAAAUGCUGAGGGUGAGACGAUGAAGGAAACGGUGCCAGAUUUUAAUGUGCCAGGUAACACUAUAGUUUCGGAGGCUGGAAGGGCUGAAAAUAAUGUUGGUAAUGUUCUUGAAAAAUCCCCUGAUUUAUUUAUUUCUAUUGAUUUUAUAUUACAAAAUACUAGUCAUGAUCAUUUAGUUCCCCCAGCUGCUACUUUAGUUCUCCGGCUGAUACGGGGUCUCUAG